AGAAAAGCUACGCGUGAUCCCUUAGAAGCGCAAUCUUUAUGGCAACUUCUACUACUUCCUUAGGCGUGGUAGCGGAGUACUUCUGAAAAUUGUUGGAAGUGGAAACGUUCUUCUUCUGGUCAUCCUCUAACUUUUGCUUGCGAUUAUGCGGUGGCGAAGUUUACAGUGCAGCCAUUGAAUGCCGAGAACUCGAUGUCCAAGAACGACGACAGGCCUACGGCAGCGGCACAAUCCAAGGCCGUCGCCGAAGGAAAAGGGGCCGUCCCGUAUGGCUGA